GCGGAGGCUACACUGGUCGGAACAGUGAACAGUCUCGGAUGACUCGAUUUUUAGACAAUUAACAGUUAGGGAUUUUUUCGUUUUUUUUUCCAAUUUUCCGGGCGUCAAAUCUUUUUUGUGAUUUUAUUAGCAUUUUUAGUGGUGAUCCAUCAAAUUCCAUAACGGACUGGUGAAAAAUGAGCGAAACUAAAGAAAUUAACAAACACGAGGAAACCGGCGAACAACAGAAAAAUGCACUUAAGACCGCAAGUUCUAAAAAAAGAAACCGCCGCAAGAAGCAGAAAAGCAAAGAAGGUUUAAAUAUAGAAUCCGUAUCUAUCAAUGACCAGGAAAUUGCGUCAGGGUGCAAUUUAUCUAUGCAGGAAAUCAAAAAAGCUAUGGAAGUUUUCUCCUACCAGCAAAAGCCAGCAAAGACAACAGAAGAGGCGAUGCAGAAGCAGUUCCAAUUUUGGAGCACUCAGCCUGUUCCUAGAAUGGAUGAAAAAAUUACUGUAAGUGCUCCAAUUGAGCCUGAUAAACCUACUAGUGAAAUAAGGCAGGAACCUUAUUCAUUGCCUGAAGGUUUUUCAUGGGAUACUUUAGUCCUUGAUGAUCCUCUCGUACUAAAAGAAUUGUACACUCUUUUGACUGAGAAUUAUGUUGAAGAUGAUGAUGCUAUGUUUAGAUUUGAUUAUCCACCCCAAUUUCUUAAAUGGGCCCUCCAGCCUCCUGGAUGGAAAAAGGAAUGGCACUGUGGAGUCCGGGUGACAAAGAGUAGUAAGCUAGUGGGAUUUAUUAGUGCUAUACCAGCCAAGUUGGCUAUUUAUGAUCAUGUACAGCCAAUGGUAGAGAUUAAUUUUCUUUGUGUCCAUAAAAAGCUGAGGAGUAAAAGAGUAGCUCCAGUUUUAAUUAGAGAGAUAACAAGAAGAGUAAAUCUCACUGGUCUUUUUCAAGCUGUAUACACAGCUGGAGUUGUACUACCUAAACCAGUAGGGACCUGCAGGUACUGGCAUCGAUCGCUCAAUCCCAAAAAGCUCAUAGAAGUAAAAUUCUCCCACCUCAGUAGAAACAUGACAAUGCAAAGAACGCUCAAACUUUACAAACUGCCAGAGACAACAAAAACCCCAGGUUUUAGGAAACUAACUGUGGCUGAUCUGCCAAAAGCAAGAAAGCUAUUGUCUGAUUACUUGUAUAAAUUUGAUCUGACACCAAUAUUUUCUGAAGAGGAAUUUCGUCACUGGUUCCUUCCACAACCAGAUAUCAUUGAUGCUUUUGUUGUUGAAACUGAUGGGGAAAUCACUGAUUUAGUAAGUUAUUACACGUUGCCUUCAACAAUAAUGCAUCAUGCGGUGUAUAGCAAUCUUAAAGCAGCCUACUCUUUUUAUAAUGUCUCUACAAAAACCCCAUGGACUGAACUUAUGACUGAUGCACUCAUAUCUGCUAAGAAUGCUGGUUUUGAUGUAUUUAAUGCUUUGGACUUAAUGGAAAACAGAGAAUUUCUUGAACCCCUAAAAUUUGGUAUUGGCGAUGGCAAUUUGCAAUAUUAUUUAUUUAAUUGGAGGUGUCCACCCACUCAGCCUAACAAGAUUGGCUUAGUUCUCCAAUAAUUCGGUUUCCAAUACUAAUCAAGGCGAUAAAGAGGAGAAAAGUGCAAAGCUUUAUCUUUGUAGCUUUGUUGUUCCCUGUUCUUGAUAGCUGAUGUGUAUCACGCGCUUUAUGACCAAAAUUAUAGAUAUAUUGUAUUUAUCGCGUAGAUAUAUAAACAAACAAAAUAAAAAUGCAACAAACAAAAUUUAAAUCUUGUGCAAUCAUAAAUUGAGCAGAAGUAAGAUUGCAUUCAAGGUGCGGACUGCAAGGAUAUUAAUACUUACACUAUGUAUUUCAUUUCAUCAGGAUAGUGAACAAAGACAAUUUAUCAGUUAUGUACAGUUAUUCAAGCAGCAUACUAGUCAAUUAUGUUUUUAAUUAAUACAUUUCUGAAAUGUUUUUCUUUUUUUAAUGGUGGCUUUAGUAUUUGUUUUUCUGUGCCAUAGCAUAGAAAUCGAGUUCGUACAUGGAAUCAUAAUUGAUUUGAUUUUUUUUUUUUUUUUGACAUUUAACAAAUCUAUAAUUGAUUAUUUUAAAAUUAACUUCAGUGUUAAGGCUUUUAUAUUUUUGUUUUACUAUUAUUUCUUCUUUUUAAAUAGUUAUAAUUCUAACCCAACAAAAAAAUUAAAUUAUGGCACGAUAUUUUUUGCGUGUUUGUUUUGUUGAGUUAAAAUACAAAUUAAUUUUUAUACAUUCAUUUAAGACUAGCUGAAGGGCCGAAUUAUUGAAAUACAUAAGUAAGAUUAAGGAAAGUGUAUCAAAGUAUCAUUAAAAUAAAAUGUAAGAAUACCUUUUAAAUUCAGAAUGUUCUUGUCUAAUUCAACACAGUGAAUCUCUUUUAUUUAUUACUGCAUGUUUAAUUCACAAAUAAAAAUUUUAAAAAAGCAAAGAAAAAGUUCUAUUGUCCAUGAUUGAAAUUAUAUUAUAUAAUUUCGUUUGGUUUGUAUAACACCAAGGAGAAUUUUACAUCAAAUUUGUAAAUUAUGAUUACAUUUGUAAAUAAAUGAAAUGUAAGAGUUA